UAUGAAUAAAAAACUAUGUUUAAAACCCAACUAUUGGAAUUUUGGCAAAAGGGAAGAAAGAAAAAUGGCGGCAACGAGUGACGAAGAAAUGGAAUCCCUCCUCUCAACUUUCAAUCAGAUCUACGAGGAUGUAAAAAUAGGCAUUUCGGAAAUCCAAUCUCUGCAAUCCAAACACAGUUCAGAGUUGAAAUUGCGUGAAUCUCUUCAAAUCACUUGCAAUAACCUCAAAAAAGAAAAUGAAGAGUUGGCGAAAUUGUAUUCUGAGUCCUUGAAAAAUGUUGCUGAUCAGCUUGAUUUUCGAGCAAAAUACAUGAAUUUGAAGGAAGAGCUAGAAAGAUCAAAUAAUGAAGUUGUUUCUAAAGAAAGUGGACAUAGGAGGGCUUUAAAAUUGCUUGAGGAAGAAUAUAAUGAAAAAAUUGCGAGAUUAGAAGCUCAAGUUAAGGAAUCACUGCAUGAGAAAGCAUCAUAUGAAGCAACCAUAAGCCAACUUCAUGGAGAUAUAGCAGCCCAUAAAAAUCAUAUGCAAAUUCUAGCAAACCGGUUGGACCAAGUCCAUUUUGAAGUGGAAUCAAAAUAUAGUUCUGAAAUUCGGGAUUUGAAAGAUUGUCUUAUGGCUGAGCAGGAAGAGAAAAACGACUUAAACAGGAAAAUGCAACUUUUGGAAAAAGAAUUGCUUCUUUUUAAAGCAAAGAUGGUUGAUCAACAACAAGAAAUGACAUCAAAUUGGCAGGUGGAAACACUUAAGCAGAAAAUCAUGAAGCUAAGAAAGGAGAACGAGGUCCUUAAAAGAAAGUUCUCUCAUAUUGAAGAGGGCAAGUAAUGAUGAAAAACUCAAGAUUGGCAACUUUGAGUUCAUAAGGAUAAGGCAUAUCCGAUAUUAUCAGUGAUAUACAUACUGUCUAAGCAUUGCAAUUUGCAACCAUGCCUUUAUUUUUAAAGAUAGGAAAAAAGGGUAAGUAUAUAAAGAUCAAUUAUAUGAAUUUAGAACAUCGAUAGGACAUUUGCUUAAAACAAGAAGCAUGUGUAAAUAGUCGAGUUUUGCUUUGUCUUAUCAGGUGCUAAUUGAUCUUGGUUCUCAAAUGGGUGAACCAAGGGCAAUGAGCUAUGAUCCGUAACGGCAAAUGGGACAUAGCAUCCUAUUUAUGUAUAGCAAUUUAACUUUAGACACCCAUCUAGAACUAAAUAUUAUGGCUUCAAUACUCUUCUUCGGACCA